AUAUGUUUAAAUCCAAGCAGGAAGGACUCGGACCGGUUUCAUGGCGCCAGGAUGGAUGGGUUCCUGUCCACGCUCACGCCGUACCUUGCCCCAGGACCAGCUCAAGAUAUCGGCUGGGCGAAGAGAGAGGGCCGCUUCAUGACCCCCCAGGGCCUCAACUACCUGGAGCUCUGUAGGACCAUCCUGUCGCAGGUUCACCCGAGUCUACCUCCUCAGUUGAAGAGGGCACACACUAAAGAGUGCGGUGUGCAAGUCAACGCCAAAGUGGAUAAAAUUGUGCAGUGCUCACUGGGACCCAAAACGCUGCACUACCUGGAGGACGACCACCCCCCAAAGAGCGUAGAUCUGUUCACAACACCGCCUGUCAGCAACCUGCGCUUCCUGAGGCCCGUGUCCAUCUAUUCCCCCGUGUUUGACCGCAGGUUAAUCCUGAAGAAACUCGGGGAUGAUGGCGGAAGUACAGAAGAGGUAGAAGCCGAGGCUGAGGAACAAGAAGGUGGUACAGAUGCCUGUAUCGAUCACAGCUGUGAGGACACGACAAACGACUUCAAGAUAGCCUUCAACAGGUCUGCAAAGGGGUCUAACUUUCAGGUGGGUUCCCCUGAAAAGAAAGUGGAUGGAUCCCGUAUUUCUACUAGGGACACAAAAAGGCCAAAUUCUUGUUUGGAUGAAUCUGCAAAAAUACGCCUAUUUGUAACCUACACAAUGAAACACUUGAGGCCUCGAGGCUAAUGUGAUCAUUGUUGCAGAAUAAAAGUAAAAAUCGGUUACAAAAAUGCUCUUUUUAAACAAAGAUUUCAUUUAGGAGAAAGCAAGCCCUGAAGAUCAAUAAAGACCCCACAAUGAAGCCCUUAUUUAAUUUCACACUGGAAUCUAGAGGCACAGAGAAAUUGAUUUAAAAAAAGAAAAAACACAGUUAAGUCUCUGCCUCAUACCACUGUUUAAACAACAAACGAUAAAAUUAAGCUUAAUCGAGGGAAACACAACAUAAAGACUGAGAUCAGACUGGAUCAUAUGCAGUUUUUAGUGGACUUAACCCUUAAAUGCCUGACACCACAAACUAAGGCCAGAAAAUUCAAAAUUUUUUGGAGCUGAAUUUUUUUUACUUAGUACUGAAAACCAAAAAAUGAAAAUGUCCUUAAAAUUUAACAAAUAUUUAUCUAUUGCGUUUGAUAGAUUAGAUGUUUUUGGAAACUGAUAAACCACAAGAUGUUGUUUCAGGUGUUUUUUUUUUUUGUGAUUUGGUGAUCAUAUUGAUUUGAUGGAAGUAUAUAAAAGUAUGUAUCAAAUUUGAUGCAAAAGGCAUUAAAGGGCUAGACCUCUUGGGUUCCUAUACCUAUGCCAGAUGCUGCAUUUAGCAGUUGGUGACUAAGCCUGAAAUCUGAGCAUUCUCAGAAUUGACCUUGCAGUAUACCUCAUAAAAAUCUGAAUUAUUGCAUGUUUAUGUGCACUGUCUGAGUAAAAUGAAGUGUUUUUUAUUUCAGUUCCUGGAGCAGAGGUAUGGCUUUUUCCACUGCAAGAAAUGUAACAUCCGGUGGGAGAGUGCUUAUGUGUGGUGCAUCUCUGGAACCAGUAAGGUUGGUGAGCCAUCUUAAAUACAGCAAUGUACCAAAUGGACUAGCAUGCAAUCUAUUUCAUAUGUUGCGGAAAAAUCAGAACUAGAAGUUAUUUUCAUUUUUUUCAAGGUGUACUUCAAGCAGCUCUGCCGGAAGUGUCAGGUGGGGUUUAACCCCUACAGAGUGGAGUCCAUCCUUUGCAAGGUAUUUUCAAAGCCCGCAGAUAAAACAUAAGAAAUCAAAUUUUUACGACUGGCUUUGAACUGAUACGUCUCCUGUUUCACAGGGCUGCUCUCUGACUUCCUGCAGUUGUGAGAAGAAGCAGAGGCACAUCAACAUGAAGAGGGCUCACCGCCAGGACCUGUGUUGUCGCUGCAAGGGCAUGAGGCUGUCCUGUGACGCCACUUACAGCUUCAAAUACAUUGUUUGAGCUGCACUGUAUGACCACACUGGCUGGAAUCACCCUUUACUCAUGUAGAUCUGAUGGUACAAUCAAAAUAUCAGACAUUGUUUCUAGGUGUGUCAGAAAGUGGAAGUUGUCUCCUGUGAGAGACUUUGAGAAAUUCAAUUCUUCUCCUUCCAGCAAGUGGCUGAAACUCUGCUCGAGUUGUUCAUUUGAAGCAGCUUCUGAAUAAAGGACUGCCUUGUUGUCAGUAAACCUGGUGCUUGACGUGACAACUAUUUACGUGAAGAAUAACAAAUUCUUCUCAAGAGGUGAAAAAUUCUUGUAGGUGAAAUGCUUGUUUGGGAGUUUCAAAAGGAAAUGCAGUGGACGUGAUUUUCAUGUCUUUUACUUGGACGCUGACUUGUACAGAGCAUCAACUGAAAACAACUUCAUAAAGGCUGUAAAAGUAUUUACAAGGUGAAAAAAACGACUACAGUCUGAAUCUAAAAAGCUUUAAAAAUGUGCAAUUUCAUGUUUGGCAUGCACACACACGUUCUCCCACAAAGGAAAAAAAAAAAAAAAAAAAGCAUACCCGCAUGAGCUUGAAGCUCCCUUUUGUACCUCAUUCAAACAUAUCUUUCAGAUAAAAUGAUUCUUUGCAAAUAAAUAUUUCAAACACUCCAGACAGUACAAAGACAAUGCAUGCAUGGC